AUGAAUAAUAACAAGAAUAGCAAUUUCGGCAAAAACAACGGCAGUAACAAUGGCAACAAUAAUGAGAACUACAACAACAUCAGAAACAACUCCAGCGGCAUGGUAGGCGGCAAUUUGAAUGUCCCCCCCGGCAUGGGCGGGAUGGGCAACAUGAACGGGAUGGGUAACGUCAACGGGAUGGGCAACAUGAACGGGAUGGGCAACAUGAACGGGAUGGGCAACAUGAACGGGAUGGGCAACAUGAACGGGAUGGGCAAGCUGCACGGCAACAUCAGCAAGAUGCACGGGAAUUUAAAGAACAUGUCCAGCAACCUCAACAGUUUGGCGAACAAUAUGAAGCACAGCAUGUCUGGCAAUGCGAAUGGCAUGCCAGGCGGUAUGGGAAGUAUGCCAGGCGGUAUGGGCAGUAUGCCAGGCGGUAUGGGCAGUAUGCCAGGCGGUAUGGGCAGUAUGCCAGGCGGUAUGGGCAGUAUGCCAGGCGGAAUGAGCAAUAUGUCAAGCGGCAUGAGCAAUAUGCCCAGCGGAAUGAACAACAUGCCCAGCGGAAUGAACAACAUGCCCAGCGGAAUGAACAACAUGCCCAGCGGAAUGAACAACAUGCCCAGCGGAAUGAACAACAUUAGUAUCAUGCGAAGCGGGGGGAAGCCCCCAAUGAGUAACCUAAACUCCAAAAUAAACAUCAACAGUAGCGUUAACAUGCAGACGGACAUUAAUUUGAAGAGCAGAAUCAAAAUGGGCAGCUCGGACAUUGCAAGUGCCAACAGAAAUAUGAACAGCGUUUUCAGCAAAGGGAAUAAUAAUCUAAGGGAAAAUAUAAUGAACAAUUUAAACUAUAAUUACAAUAAUGUGAAUUAUAACAACAUGAUGAAGAGCAAUAUAGAAAUGAAUAAUAAAAUGUUAGGUGGGGAAAAUGUAGGGAAACCUCCCCAAGAUAGUAAUGGCGCGAAUAAAAAUGCAGAUAAUUUUUCUAAACGAUUUAAUAGUAACAAAAUGGUUGUACAAACCAGUGUGAAUAACAAGCACUAUCGCAAUUCUGAUGGAAGCAAUAUGAACAGGUUCUACGUGAAUGAUAUGAAAAAUGUGGAGAGCAAUAUGAUCCCAUUAAACAACAAAAUGAACAAUGUUAAAGACAGCCAAAGCAGCGCUAUGCCCCAAUAUAGGGAAAACGAAUACCUAGGAAAUGUUUAUAAAAAUAGGGAUAAGUAUUUGUUAGGUAAGAGCGAAAAGGAUAAUUUGUACAUGUCGUCUAAGCAGUUGAGUGGCUUGAGCUCUGGGGGCACCCCCGGCGGGGGAGCGCCCGGCAGUGGCACGAUCAGCGGUGGCACUAUCAGUAGUGGCACCAUCAGCGGUGCAACCGGCAUGAGCAACGCCGCUGCCCAUGGGAGAAAUUUGAAAAGUUUGGACAGCCCCCCAAUGUACAACCCCUUGAAUAUAACCCCCAUGGGCGCCAAAACGAAUAUGAACAAGGUAUUCACCUUUAACCCAAACGAUAAGGGCAACUUUCACGCGGAAACCUUGGCCGAUGGGAAGCUCAACAACCAGGAGAAGGACGCGGACUACAGUCACAUGAACAAAACGGUUAAUAUGAUGUUUAACGAGCAGGCGAAUUAUGGCCCCUAUGGGGUGAGCAGCGCCAACCACCAUGGAGGUGGCAGUCUGCAAGGAAGUGCCAACCAUCACGGAAGCGCCAACCAACACGGAAGCGCCAACCAACACGGAAGCGCCAACCAACACGGAAGCGCCAACCAACACGGAAGCGCCAACCAACACGGAAGCGCCAACCAACACGGAAGCGCCAACCAACACGGAAGCGCCAACCAACACGGAAGCGCCAACCCGACGGAACCCCCCCCCAGCAGUGCAAAACCCUUUUUCGCUCCACCGAACGCCCUAUUAGACACCAAAACGUACAACAAAAAUGUGGAAAAUUUAAAGGAGCACAAAAACGGGAGCGAGGACAAACAAGUGAGAUACAACAAUUUAAUCGAGGGGAGUAACCCGAACAAGGGUCCCAUCCCCGAAAACGCUAGCAUGGCUCCAUCUCCCUUUGGGAAGAUUAGCACCAAGAAGCAGAAGAUGAGCAUGAAGACUGGCGAUUCGUCCAAUAGCCCCAUUUCAAGUGGAGUCAUGCCAAGUAGUAACAAUCACGCGAAUGCCCCCACCAAAAUUGACAGCGCGGAUGCGUACAAAUUUCACAUGAAUAAGGAGAAGCUAAAUGGGAAGGAAGCUCCCAAUUUUGCAAGCCCAGUGAAUAUUCUAAAAGAUCACCUGAAAGAGAACAACAAAGCCAAGUAUACCUCCGUAAAGAGGUACGCCAAUCACAGCAAAAUUAUGAAGCAAGCAGACCAAGCAAAAAAUGGGAUCCCCGCAAUGAGCAAAAUGGACGCAGAUUUAGUUAACAAAAAAGGAAAUGAUAAUGAUGGUACUACAACAGGGGCUAUCAUAAAUAUGAAUAAAAGUAAACCCUAUGAGGAAACGAAAAUGGAUAACAAUGGUGUUCCUUUGGACAAGCCAGGAAAUAAUUCCGCCCAUUUUAAUGGAGACCCAUCGAAUGAAAAUAAUAUCAACACGUCUAAUCUGGCUAGCGGCGCGGGAGGAGCCACCACCAGCAGUAGCACUCCCUAUAGUACUGGCAUGCACAACGGGAGUAUGAGUAGCGGAAAAAAUGCCGUAAAUGGAAACGAAAUGGAUACACUAAGGCCAUACAACUCUAAUGCACAAGCGGAACAUAAAGGCGAUGCUGAGAAUUUGAAAAAAACAGAACAAGUUGAGGAGAAAAAAAGGAAAAAGAAAAGAGAAAAGAAGGAAGAUAAAAAGGAAGAAAAGGGAAAGGAUAAAAAUACCGAAAUGAUUAAGGAUGAGAAAGGAGGAUUAUUAUUCCCCUUUGAUCAAAAUCUCAAGGGGAAAAAAAAAAAUUUGGAUUAUAAUAAUUAUCUGUACAACAUGAGUGAGAACAGCGAACAGGGCGUUUUUAGUAGCACAGGGCAGAGCGCGCUGCACACGGCGGAUGACUACAUGAGCAGCAGAGGGUUGAGUGCAACCCCCGGUGGAAGCAUGCUUAGGAACGUGCACCUGGAUAUGCAAAUGGGUGCCCCUAUGGGUGCACCGCAAAACGCAUCGCAAAGCGCGCCACCGAAUGAGGCCCGCAACUUACCCGCAAACGUGAAGGACCAAAACCACCUGCACAACAAAAAAAACAUUCUUUUCGAAAAUUACGGGGCGAAUAAGAAUGCAGCAAAUAUGUUCGUGGACAGGGACAACAGUAUGCUAAAUCGAAUGGACUUCCCAAACGAAAACGAUUUGAGGGCAUCCAAAAUGAAGAAAAAUUUGAGUGACCUCUACAGUGCAGGGAUAACACCCCUUACACCUGAGCAGUUCGAAAAAGACAGAAAAUUGAUAGCCCUGACCAGACUUUUUGGAGACGUAAUUGACGAAAAUGAAAACGUGGCAAGUAGCAAAAUGGAUGACCGAGUGAUGGAAAAUAAGCCGCCAUAUUCACCAACAUCCCCCACCUUUAGAAAUAAUGCUCCACAUAAUUUAGAAUUAUUAAAAAAUAUGUCCCUGGAUACUUUACUAAAUAAUUUAAAUAUAGAUAGAGACGUCCUAGACAUACUGAAGGAAAAAAUAAAUAAUAUUAACAGAAAUAUUAAUGUGACUAUACGAUCAGCAGUUCCACGUGAAGCGCUAGUAGAGCCAAAAGGAGAAAGAGAAAAUUUCGAUUUAGCAAAAUUGAUAACCUUCUUUGAUGAUUUUAUAAAUUGGUAUGAAAAUAAUUUAAUGCAAAUAAAACUGCAGCUACAGAAUGUUUCCUUCUGUUUGCUGCUGGAAAUUUUUAUACUCAUAUUAACAAACAGCUAUGGGCACAUUUCCGAUUUUAAGAAAAAAUAUUUAAACAAAUUUUCUGCGUACGAACCGGUGACCAAGUUUCUGUCCACUUGUGUUAACCUGAGCCAGGUGUUUGAAAUAUCUCUUGUUCGCUUUAAGGAGAAGAAUGCCAAGCACGUCGUCCACAUGACCAAGCUGGGAAAGAAGUCCCUGUGGCAGUACCUAACCGUGUACGGAGGCAUUUCGCUGUACAAUUUGAUUACGACCAAAAUUAAAAUCGUAGAAAUCGAGGACCCGGAGAGGAAUUUUAACUUCUUCAAUUCGUUCGUUUCGGCCAACUUUCUCUACAACGCAAAGUUCGAGUUUCCCGUUAUGUGGUCCUUGCCGCCUAUUUAUUUGGCGAAGGACGAAAUUGCUGAGGACGAAAGCAACAAACCCGGAUGCGAAAAGGAGGAAAACCACUACGUGCCCAACGAAAGCAGUGACGCCUUUUACUACUACAAGCAUAUUUUGAAAUUGCAGAAGAAGAACCGACUAAGGGUGACGAAAAACAGAAUGCCCAGCAUGCUGUACUACUGCCUGAACAAUUGCAGCGACAUGACGUGUGCGGAAAUUUCAGGCCUUGAUGGAUCCUUUGUCGCCACGGCGCAUUCGAAUAACAUAAUCAAGUUGUGGAACAUCAAACAGUCCCAAGCGAACAAAAUAAGAAAAAAAAAAAAAGAAAUGGAAAAGAUUAAUAAAGGGGACAUAAACGAUACGAUGAAAAGGAGACAUUAUCAUUUAGAAGAAAAUAAUGCCACGUCCAUAGACUUAGAUUAUGAUGAAGAAAAUGAUGGAAUUUGCAAAUUGUAUGGAAAUAUUCAUAACGUUACGAGCCUACGUUUUGGUGAAUCGAAUAAAAUAUUACUAUCGGGAAAUGUUAAUGGGGAUGUAUAUCUCUACAGCACUGUAAGUAAUAAAAAUUAUGUCAAGUAUGUGGGUGGGCACACACCUAUAUGGUCUCUCGACACGGCCUUCUUAGGCUACUUCUUUUGCUCCAGUGAAGAUGAUGGCAAUUUGAGGAUCUACUCCACCAACAGAACAUACCCCUUUAUUACUUACACGUAUAACUGCCCAGGAAACGUUUCCAAAUAUCACUACAACAGCACGCUUGUGGCUUGUGGCUACUACGACAAUUACGUACACCUGUACGACGUCCGAGUAAACUCCUUUAUCAAGAGAUUCAAAAAUAACUACCCAAGCAACCAGGGAGUCACUUCCUUGAGUUUUUCCAAAAAUGGAAGGCUGCUGUCGUAUGCAGGUGGCUACACAAAUAACAUCAAUUUAAUCGAUUUGGCAAUGGACAAAUUUAUUGACGUGGAACCCAAAGUGGCUGUUUCAGCGGAGCCCUACCACAAUGAGGCCGAGUAUACCCAACCCUCCAAUCCGCUUGACACCUACUUAGAUGCAAAUGUGCUAAACGUAACAAAUGAGGCAACACCAAAUGGCAGGGCUCCACUUGGCACAGAUUUAAACUCGUUUGAGGACAAAAUUUUAAGCAUCGACUUUAGCUAUGACAAUAACUUAUUAGUUUCCAUGUCUUGUAAUAACCUCAUCGAUUUUUACAAUUGCUCCAAAGAUAAAACAUUCGACGGAGAAAAAGAAAAUCAAAUUGGAAAAGUCCCAAAGCAGAAGGAACCGCCCAUAUGUCAAACUGUCCAGAUCGUACGGCGUUAA